AUUAUGGCCCAAACGCUUUCAUCAAAAUAUUCCUUUCGAACCGUAUUGUUAAAGAUUGUGGCGCUCCUUGCUUGCUUCGAACAUUACCGAUCUCUUACGUUCGGAGAAAACUUAUCAAACUAUGGAUUAAGGUCACUCUACUGCAAAGCAAGUCGGAACAAAAGAGACAUCAGAGUUUUGAAAACAGAGAAGCUGACUCCUCUGAACUACGAUGACACUUUUGCCUAUGGAUGCUUGCACGAUAUCCCGAUUCCAAAUAGUACUUUGGAGACAACCUUCACGCCCCAACAAGAAAGAGCUGUACUCAUGGAAAUAUUUAACCAAACAGAUGGUCACCAUUGGAGAAAAAGUACUCACUGGGGGAACAACUCUGUACCACACUGCCUUUGGUAUGGAAUCACAUGUGAUCAAACCAAUAGCUACAUUAUCAGUAUCGCUUUGACCAAAAACAAUUUGGUUGGGGUUUUUCCAGGAAGUUUGUGGAAACUUCGUAAUUUGCAGGGUUUGUGUGUAGGUAAUAACAACAGGCUUGCAGGUAAUCUUUUUGAAAUUUUGUCUGCCAAUAUGACCACCUUGCUUCGUCUUGAUCUUGCUUUUAAUAAGUUGUCUGGUGAGAUUCCCGCUGAAAUCUUACCAAAGAUGGAAUCUUUGGUAAAAGUUCAACUCUGCUGCCAAUUGGGAAAGGGUCUCUCUAGUACAAUUCCAAGGGACAUUGGGAACUUGAGUGAGCUGCAAGUUCUCAGUAUCGGAGAAAACACAUUGAAUGGCAUGAUUCCGAAGAGCAUUGCCAAAUUGAAGAAGCUUUGGUUUUUGGAUCUUGAAAGUGUGUCAUUUCUAAGUGGAGGAUUUGAAAACCUUUAUAAUCUGUCAUCUCUACGUUAUAUGCACCUGUCUCUUGCCGGGCUAAACGGGACUUUACCAGAUGAUUUUGGACUUUACUUUCCUGCUAUGAUUGAGUGUCUUUUGCCUGGCAAUCAUUUCAGUGGAAGCAUUCCUUCAACAAUGGGUAAUAUGACAAACUUAUGGCAUUUAAACCUGGCGAACAACGCUCUUUCUGGAAAAUUACCAAAAAGCUUAGGCUCAAUACCCAUGCUUCAAGUUGCUGAUUUCAGUGGAAAUCAGUUAUCGGGGCUACAAGAAGGAAUUGUUUUCAAGUCAAAAUCCUUAGAAGUACUUAAUUUGGCUGGUAAUAAACAGCUUACCAUGAUGUUUAAUACCCUAUUAGAAGCAAUGGAACCCAUAAAUCAAUCGUUACGUAUUCUUAACAUCAGUGACUGCAAUUUUCUUGGAAAAAUCUCCGCGAAACUGUGGGACUUCCAAAAUUUGAUUUCUGUAGAUUUAAGUAGAAAUAGCUUGUUUGGACAGCUUCCAUCUCCCCCAGAUAAUAUGUUAUUUCUUCUUAAUCUUGACGUAUCUGCGAACAACCUUUCAGGAAAAAUUCCUCAAGAAUUUGCAAAACUCUUAGCACUGGAAGUCUUCGACAUUUCACUGAAUCCCAAUAUGCACGAGUCCAACGAGGAAAAAGGAGCUCUACCCAACUUCGUGACGGUUGAUUUUAAAACUUUGACGCAGAGAAAUUCAGAUGAUAAAUUUAGGUGUCCCAAUGCUCGACUCAGUUAUAACAAAGGACUUGUCGUGUUAGACCCAAAUUACUAUUUUUACCGUCUGUGCCUUUGUAAUAUUGGAUACUAUGGCUCAGGAAGAACCUGUUUAUCUUGUAUGGAAGGGGGAGUGUGUCACGAUCAAAUGCUUCCUACGCAGUCGAUGAUCAUUAAAAAGGGAUAUUGGCCUUCAUCACUUCAUGGAAACGUGACUCACCUAAUAAGAUGUUCCCAAGCUUUAGGCACCAGCGCCCUCGUAAAUACAUCAUGCAAUCCAACCGGCUCUUGUGAGUGUGGUAUUGAUCCUGAUUGGCAUAGGGAGACAAAUGGAGCAAGUGACAGACCAUUCAUUACUUGUAACAAGUCGUGCCUUUGUCAGAAAGAGCUGGACUGUCAGAUUAUUCUUGGGAACACAUACCAUCUUGGACAGAGACCAGGCGCAGAGAUAUUAGAAAAAGCCGGGGGACUACAUGGAUUUAUGAAUUGGAAGAGAGCCUUAUUAACGGACAGUGGUGGAUUUCAGAUGGUGUCUGAAUUUCAUGAGUACUGCAAACCACAAGAUAAGUCAGAACUAUCACAGUUCUGCCAGAACCUAACUGGAGUUACCCAGAUUACCCUUGGGUUUUUCUUUUACGAGAAGAAGAGAUUUCUAUCUGUUACUUUUGUCUGUUCUCAAAUCAUCAUUUUAACCGUUUUGGCGAUGCUUCAAAUCAUUCCAGCCUGGCUCCUCGAACUCAACGUUAUUGCUCUUUUCAUCGGUUUAGCUGGAAGAGGAAAGGGUGCAAGAGGAAUCAUGAAGACAAGCGUAUUUUAUUUCCAAACAUUUGAUGCCUUAUUGUCCAACACGGACGUUUGGCCGGUUGAGGUUUUGGAGACGCAGAGAUACAUUGGAAAUGUUUUCAACUUUCGUUUCUCUGGCCUGGCUUGUGAGUUUCCGAGGUUGUUUACACCACUCGGCGAGCUCGCAUCUCUUUUAAUUCUUCCUCUCAUCUGCAUCUUGCUUGUCUGGUUCUACUUCACCCUUGGUUACCUCGUCUUUAAAAUUUUUGAAUAUCCCAAUUUAGAAGAAAGACGACUUCGACUUCGGAAUACCUGUUUACAACUCUCGGUCAUGACUCUUAACUUUACGUACUUUCCCAUUGUGAAAAAGACAGCGUCUACCCUUGCGCAUUGUGGUGAGGAUAAUGGCCAGCGUUACUUGAGGGAGGCCCCAUGGAUGGAAUGUGAAGGUUAUGACUACACCAUCUUACAGGUGUUAGGCUGGCUUGCCCUGCCUCUUUAUGUGAUCGGUGUGCCUUUUGGAUUGUUCCUUCCUCUCCUGCACUUCAAUAAGGUGGCCAGAAGACAUGAAAUGCCCCAGCAAGACCAAGAAUCUUUGGACAGCUGGCUCGGUUCUAUCUACUUGCCAUACAGGGAAGAAUUCCGUCCCUAUUUUGAGAUCAUCUUUCUUCUAAGGCGGAUGCUGAUCGCUUUCGCGUUGUCUCUCAUCAAUCGUGCAUCGUCCUUUCAGACGAUAGCUGUUUGCUUUGUUUUGCUGGUUGCUUUGUGCUUGCAGUUGUCCUUCAGGCCGUUAAACGACUCUUACCAAAAGUUCCCAUUGGAAAACACAGCAGAGACCUUGGUUCUUUUGACUCUUCAUUUCUCUUUCAUGAACGUAAGGUACGCAGCUCUGAACCCUGACUCAUCCUUACCCAUCAUUUGGAUGAUUAUGUCGGUGAACGUGGUUCUACUUUGCGGAAUGGUUGUUUCGAUAAUUUUGUUAUUGAAAAAGGCGGGAAAUGCAGAUGAAAUGGUUCAUGAAGCAAGAGGACACGAAGAACACGCACCAGUCCUAGGGGACGGCGCUAGAGAACAAUACGGAACUUUUGAGGAGUAAUUGCAUUAGACUAUGCGUGAACUCAAGUCUAAUACAGAUACUUGGUAACUGUUCCUUUCGAAAGUAACGCUAUCUUUGGAAUUUUCUUUUAAAUGUUAAAUGGCCGCGUGCGCGGAUACGAAUCUUCUCAUGGAGGGUUUUAAGAAAUUAUCAACCAAUAAGGAUUACGAACGAAAAGAGACGCCAUCAACACACAAAGAUAAAUUCGAUCCAUAAGCCGACAUUUUAUGUUCUGUUUGUUGGAUAGCUUAGAUAGUUAAGAAAAAAAAAACAGAGCGAUUAUUACGGGUCGUUAUUAUCUCAUAAUAUGCUUUUUCAAUUACUGGUACAACUUUUAAGCAAGUUCUCCCUAUAAAAAUAUUUACCGUUUGUCAUAAGGAAAAGCCGAUUUUUACACCAACAAAUGCUUCUUAAGUAAAUAGCCUCUCUUUAAGAGCGCAAAUGCAAUCAAUUAUAUAACUUGGCAAAUUUUUUCAUAUUUGCAUGUGAAAGAUAUGGAUAGCAUAUUUACAGCGUGUGGUGACGAUAUAUCUUGGAUGAAUUUUGAAGAAUAAAUAUAUGUUAUUCGCUAGCCGGUAGGUCCUUAUUGGGAAAAACUGUGCCCGAAGUCUUGAGUACCGCCCGAGUACCGUGCCCUUUGAGAAAAAAAAAAUGGUAUCUCAAUAAUAUCCUAGAGAAGAAAAGAUUAUCGGCGGCCGGUUCACAUUCAGACGAUACCAGCUGCUUGCUCUGUUUUGUUGGUUUCCCUGUACUUUCAGUUGCUCUCAAAUCAUUCAGUGAUUCUUAUCAAAGGCCUUGGUUCCUUUUCAAUUUUGAACCUAGAGACAUAUGGGCCAAUAGUUUGGAUGAUUGUGGGACUGAAUGUAGAUCUUCUCGGUGAAAAGAUAUUCUUUAUGGUCUUCCUUUUAGGAAGAGUGAAUGCGAAGGAAACAUUGAGGAGAUGGUAGAGUUACCGCUUGAAGAACAUGCACUAUUUCUUGAGGAACUAAGUCUAAAAAUACCAAAUUCCCCAACAGAUCUGCAACAGUCCAAGUCAUGUUCUUUUCAGUCCAUUUUGAGAUUAUUAAUCAUUGGGCCAUUUUUACAUUUUAUCUAAGAAACUGCUUAUUCUAAUUAAUAAGUAUCGGCAGGAUAGGAACAGCUAGUAAUUAUAACUCUUUUCCGAUCAUAGUUAGUAAGGAUCUUCUCUACCGUGGGCUGAUUGAAGCAUACCGAAACCAGAAUGAAUGAAACUGCAGUACCUCUGGUCUGAACUUCCAAAAUUCCAAUUAAACUCCAGCCACAUGUAGAGACGUUGACAUUGUUAAAUAGAAACCUGAGAUUAAUACAGCUAUGAUUUUGAA